GGGGUGGAGAGAAGGGACAGGAAAGAGGAAGAGCAGGGACAUUGCAGUUUUCAGAUGACUUGAAUGGUAAGGGCCCAUUCAGACAUUACGUUUCAGGCACGCCUAAAAAGCGUAAUGUGACAACAUCAUGUUUGCAAACAUCUGCAAUCAUGUAGAUACACUUGUCAGGGCGGAGGAUUGGCCACAACUCCUUGAUAAGUAAGCCCUUGAUGGCAAAGCUGGGUUUGCUUCUGUGUAAUGUGUGAAACAGCCGUAAGAUGGGGUGAGGGCUAAUUGGUGCGGAUGUGCCCCUCCAGAAGUUCACGGAGCUGAAAUGCAGCCCAAUACCUAGACAAUUUGUCUUGGGGAAACUUAAUAAUUCUAAGGGGGCAUUAGGCACCGGGACAUCUGGAUAUAGACCACUGAUCUCCAUGGUUCUGGAUGCUAUACUACUUGUGAUCCAUUGCUUUCUAGCUUCAUUAGAAUCCCUAAAUCAUACUGGGCUACUUUGAUGAUGAUGAUGAUGAUGAGGGGCUUUUAUGGUUAUAUUUGAUGUCUGGAAGACAAUGCAAGUCCAGAGACUGAAAAUUAAUAUACUGUAUGCUGAAAAAGGAGAAGCUGAACUAUUUGAAGGGAAACUGAACCAUUUUGCAACACAUACACACCCAUAAGAGAUUCAGCCUUUUUCUUAAAUCGUGAUUAGAACAUGCGUUGAAAAUCAGAAGAUGUCAGACUAUGGCUGUAUACAUGCUAUCGUACGUUUAGAGCACCUAACCCCUGCAACUGUAGUUACCCCUUCAGAGCUAUGAUUCCCAGCACCCAUAAGAAACUACAGUUCCUGUGAUACUGGGGGGGCCGGAUGCACUUUAAAGGCAUGUUGUAUAAGCAGCUUAUUUGACAGUGCAGUAGAUGGCAGCAGUUUCCCAGAGUCUUGAGCAGCUUUUCACCCGACCUGCUGUUUGAGCCAUCCCUGAGGACUGGAGAAGCCUGGGAUUGAGCAGGGAACCUUUUGCAAGCAAAUCACGCUCUCUGCCACCGAGAAAUGGCUCCUUGCUGAUUUCCAAGGAGCUUCUACUUAGGCUCAAUAUACACAGGUACGUUUGUUUAUAGCAUUUGUAAACCAUUUAAUUUUUAUUUUAGAUCUCAAAACAGAUUUAAAACAUGAAAACAGUCAUCACUAUUAUUGAAACAAAAGGUAAAAGCAGUAAAGCAUUGGCAUGAAAGCAGGAAUUCAGGAAAUCCAUACAAAUAAAAUCAAGAGUCCAGUCCUAUUUUACUAGAUGUCCCAAAGAAACUGAUGAUUGCUGCUUCACCUAUGGCAAGAGGGUAGGACAUUCCAUCACACAGGGGCAAUAAGAGAAGGUGCCCAUUGCAGGAUCACGCUUGUACAGUAUUCUGUAGGGUGUGAUACCAUGAAUAGUAUUUCCCAAGAUGAUGUCUGUCAUUAUUCACCACCCUGGUGACCUCCAGGUGUUUAGGACCACAACUUUCAUCAUCCCUGACGACUGGCUGGGGCUGAUAGGAGUUGCAAUCUGGAGGACAGCAGGUUCUCAAAGGCUGAUCCAAGUGGUCUUACAGGGCAGGUGGUCUUUCAGGUAACAUUUGCGAGCACUGAGCCAUUCAUGAGACUGCUUCUACACAUUCAGAGCGCUAAAUAAAGUCUGCCUUUGAAAGAAGUGGACAUUUGUGGUCACUGCAAACUACGAGUUGUUAAACCUCUGGGGAAAGCAGCUGCAGAGAGUAAUUGAAGAACCAGGAUCUGGGUGACAGCUGAAACUAAUUAAUGCGGGCUCAAAGAAAGGUGUCUCCCUCCCCCCCCCAAAAAAAGUAGCACUAGAAGGCUUAAUGAGAAAAAAUAGUCAAAGGGGAAAGUAGCGGCAUAGGCUUGAAAAGGCACCCAAGACUCUCUGCACCCAGUCAAGUCAGCCUGCGGAAGAGACGGUCACUCCAGGCACACCUGUCAAAGUCAGAAACUGGCAGCCGGCAGGAGUGUAGUGGCAAGAAUGUUAGAUUGGGGCCCUGGAAAACCAGGGUUCAAAUCCCCACUUGGCCAUGACACUCACUGGGAGAUCUUGGGCCAGUUAGUCUCUCAGCGUAACCACAGGGUUGUGGUAAGGGUAAAGUGGAAGUGGGGAGAAGGAGUGGGGUGUAGAGAAGAAAGAAAAAAGUAAUCCUGCAGAGGAAAGCGAGUGGGAGGAUUCCUCCCUAACCCCCACCCCUGGCAGAAUAAGACAUUAUUCUGGGUCUGAUCAGAACCUCUUAAUGUAACUCCCCACUCCCCAUGUGCCACAGUCCCAAUGAAAAUGGGGGCCACUGUUGACUUUUUCAACUGCAGUGAAACAGAACGGAGUCUCCUGGACGUGACUGGCUGGCUAGGAAUUUGAAUGUGGGAGCACUUAGUCACUGUGGCAUUUUGCCGCAGCUCCCACUUACGCCUUCGUUACUCAGCCCCUCAAGAGAAGGAAAAUUGCUUUGCUAGAAAGUGGUAGCUGUAGAUUUGUGCUGGGUUGCUGUCUUUUUCUCCCCUGCCCUGGCAGUAAGAAAUGGCAACUUCUGCAGCUGCUUUUCACCUGUUGAAUUUUUACACUUGGGCGCCCACAUCUCUGGUCAGGUUUCUCAGACUUGUACACACAGGUGUUUAAACAGACACUACUUCCAGACUGGACAUAUUUGCUGCAAAAGACGCCAACGUCCCGUCCCCCAUUGUUAUAACUGCAUGUGAGUUUCACCCCAGUUCACUGCUAUGUCAACUUAGGGCAAAGCAAGCCAUGGUACCAUGUUCAUGGUGCAGGGAUGGGUAAACUGUAGUUCUCCAGGUGUUGCUGGAAAAUCCAGCUUCCAUUGGCCCUUCCAUUGGCCCUGCUUUAGAGUUUUGUAAGUGUAAAUAAAUAAUAAUGAAUCUCCGCUUACCUUCAUGGAGGAGUGGGAAAGGCAAAAGCUAGAGGGGAAGAAGAGAACAGAGAAGUAAGGAACAAACAUGAACAAAUGCGUGUAUAUUUGAGCUUGCCUCUAGCUGGGAAUAAUGAUGGGAGAAGGUUGUUCUUAGUUGAAAAUAUUGGAGCUGCGGAGAGACAUGGAGUUCCCUUCCUUCCAACCAGGUACCUUGUUUUCCCACUGCAACACUGUAAUGCCACCUUAUUGCUAACCCUCCCUUCUCCUAGGCUGGAGGGGAAGCACAUGGUCUCCAAAACCACAAGUAUCUUAUUUGGAUGGUAGAACACUAGCUUCCAAGCUUUGGUACCUGAGGGUUUGAAAUUCAGAAAACUGUUUUAAAAUGUAUCCCCCUCCUGCUCCCACUAUGUAAGAUGCUUUUCUCCGAAGCUGACUGCUGAUUUAGGAGGUUUCCUGUAGAAUGGUAAUUGUGAACAAACACUGCCACCUGCUGCCCAAGUAUAAUAAUGGCAUACCUUUGUUUUCUUCCGGCAAUUUAGGGCUACUGACCCUUUUUAUAAAAAACUUCCUUGGCAGUAAGGUGCAUUGAACAUGUUGAGAACUGAGUAAAAUGCCUAAGAUUGUGCUGCAAGGCACUUUGGAAAUGAAACAUCCAAAUUUGAACAGGAAGUUCAAGUCCCAAGUCUCUUUUUUAUUUUUUUAUUCCCCGCUGAAAACCAAAGUUUUAGUUGCUUCCUAUUUCCUGAAUCUGCUGUGGUUUUAAUGGCACUGUUUUGUGAUUCUUAUAGGAUUUUUGAUUGGCUUGAGUUUCUACUUAUUGCUGUCAUUUUAAUGUUCCGCUAUUUUAAUGAGACAUUUUGCUUUUUAUUAGUUGUUAGCUGCUUCGAAUUUUUUUAUCAAGUUGUAACUAAAACAAAGUGCUGGAAAAGAAAAAUAGGGAACAAAAGUUCAGGAAUAGAGCAUCUCAUUGCAGAUGGCCAUUCAAAAAUCUUUAAUGCAGGAGUUGGGAACCUGCAUAAUAACUUUUUUAAAGACCCCUCAUGAAAAUCCACCAACACUUGAGUGCAUUUUUCUCCUAAUGUACACAUUUCUGCAAAGUAUUUUUUCCUAACAAUGCAUUUUUAUAUGUUAUUUUCACUAACACAUGUACUUUUAGGUCCAUUGCCCCCUAAUAUAUGUGUUAUUUGGAGAAGUGCACUGUAAAAUUUGAGGAAGUGUGAGCUCUAGGGGAUAGCCGUGUUCAUAUAGUAUUUGGGGAAGUGUGAAUUACGUAGGUUUUCAUUUGGACUGGGGCUGAAAUGAAUUUCUCCUACACACCCCUAAUGUACACAGAGAUCUUGGGCUCAUCUUGCUGGCUGUCAUUAGAGCCAUGCUCAUGUUGAAUGUUUCACAUGGAAGGGAAAAAUGAGUUGGGAGUAACUCCGCAGGUGAUUUAUGCGCCAUUUUGUGAUACCUGCAGCAGAAAGACCCAACAUUCCAUGUAGAUUCCCCUUGCUGCUUGUUUUAAAAAAAUAGCAACAUGUCAAAGAGUAAACAUUUCUGCAUGACUCACUUCCUGGUGUCAUUUCACUAUUUGCAUAAUGAUAUCCACACUUCAGGAAAAGCGACCUGCAGAUGUCUAAUAGCCAUGAAAUUUGAAAGUACACCUCUAGUGCUCAGGUAUAGUGCAAAUCUAGGUCCCAGGUGCUAAGGACUCGAAACAGGAAGUGGAUCUACUGCCUUCAUACUCGGGGCAACGGAGAUCUAUUUUGUCUGGAGCUUUUUCCCCAGCUGGAACUCAGUUCUAGCACCUCUCAGGUGACUAAAUAAAAGGGAAGCCUUUGCCUCUUCUCCCACCAUUCUGACGCGAAGGGGCUGCCUGGAAUGGAGCUUGCAAGUAUUCAGGAUGCUGUUACCCAGCUGAAUGUCCAUGGCCCAACAUUGGCUUUCCAGAACAUUAGCUACGUGGUCACCACACGCUGGACUUUACCUUUCAAAGGAAAAGAAGAAAAGGAAGUUCUCAGGGAUGUCAGUGGUAUUAUGAAGCCUGGGAUGAAUGCCAUAUUGGGGCCAACCGGAAGUGGGAAAACUUCGCUCCUCGAUGUCCUAGCAGGAUGGAAAGACCCCAAAGGGCUUAAAGGUGGACAGAUAUUUAUGGAUGGAAAGUUGGUAGACUCCAAUUUUCAUCAGUGUUCUGCCUAUGUAGUCCAGGAGGACAUUCUGACAGGAACCCUCAGCAUCCGGGAGAACCUCCAUUUCUCUGCCAACCUGCGGCUGCCUCAGAACAGGAACAGCAACACAGAGAAGAAGAUCAAGGUUGAUGCUGUGAUCCAGGAGCUGGGCCUACAGGACUGUGCGGACACCAAGAUUGGGACUGAAUUCCUGCGUGGCGUUUCAGGGGGGGAGAAGAAACGGUGCAGCAUUGGCAUGGAACUGAUCACUUCGCCUUCCCUGAUCUUCCUGGAUGAGCCAACCACAGGGCUGGAUGCCAACACAGCUAGCGCCAUCAUGCAACUGUUGCACCAACUUUCCAGGAAAGGGAGAACAGUGAUCUUCUCAAUUCAUCAGCCACGCUACUCCAUCUUCAGGCUGUUUGACCAUCUGACCUUGAUGAGCAAGGGAGAAAUAAUAUUUGCAGGAGCAGCAGAUGAAGCCACAACUUAUUUCAAUAGCAUUGGCUAUCAGUGUGAGCAGUUUAACAAUCCCUUGGACUUCUUUAUGGAUGUAAUCAGUGGGGAGGUGAUACAGUCCCAGCCUCAACAAGACUUCGCAGGCAACAAGAAAGAUGGCCUUUUCUCCAGCAACUGUUCUCUUGACAAGAACUCGCUUUCCAAUUAUUACCGCCAGUCCUCCUACUAUGAGCAGCUGCAAGAGGAUCUGAGAAGCCUACAGUCAUUCAAGAACCAAGGCUGUGAUGCUGCCACAUCAAAAGCCACUUAUGCCACCUCAUUCGCUCAACAGUUCUAUGUUGUGAGUUGUCGUAAUGUGAAGCAUCUGCUGAGGAAUCCUCAGACCUCCAUUGGCCAGAUCCUUUUGGGCAUGGUCUUCUCCUUGUUGGUGGGGCUCAUUUACUACCAAAUCCCAGAUACUCUGCCAGAAGCCCUACAGAACAGGCUAGGAGCUUUCUUUUUCCUGGUGCUCACUCAGAUCUUUGGGAACUUGUCAGCUGUGGAGCUCUUCAUCUGCGACAGAAAGCUCUUCAUCCAUGAGAGUGCCAGGGGUUACUAUAGGACAUCUGCAUUCUUUCUAGCCAAAGUGUUUGCUGAUCUUGUUCCCAAUCGAAUCCUGCCUGUCCUGCUGUUCUCUUCCAUUUCCUAUUUCAUGAUGGGUCUCAAAUAUGAUGCAGAAUCCUUCUUCUUGCACGUUUUGACUCUUAGCCUAACUAACCUUGCAGCAGUGAGCAUGGCUUUCUUAGUGAGCGCCAGUGUCAAUGCAUUUGCCGUUGCCAACCUUUUGAUUGCCGUUCCAUUCGUCUUCAUGAUGGUCUUUGGUGGGUUUCUUGUAAACCUCAAUUCCAUGUUGAGCUGGCUGUCCUGGAUCAAAUGGAUCAGUAUCUACAGAUAUGGCAUGAAUGCUCUGACCAUCAUUGAACUUAAAGGAAGUGUCUUCUACUUGAACUCUACCAGGGUCCCUGGAGAGCAUUACAUGAAGGACCAAGAAAUUGACUACAGCACGUGGGGUUUCUGGGAGAAUGAGCUGGCCCUCUUCUGCUUGACAUGCAUCUUCCUCUCUUUUGCUUACAUGCAGCUCUUGAGAAUAAACCGUUGGAAAUAAGACUAUUGCAUUAAUGAGCCAUUAGGAGAACAGCUACCCUGCUGGAGUCUCUCCUCUGUCUUACGAAAUUAGGACUUUUUUUUUUCCUAAUUGGUGGAUAGCUUGCCAAAUUAAGAUGUUUUUACGGAUGAACAAUUGGGAUUCGGUCUGAAAUAGGUGUUGUCAUGCUCCUCUUGAAGAGUAAGAGAGCAGGAAUGUACCUGCUCUUUGUACAUUUUUUAAAAUAAAAAUUUUUAAGUUCCAUG